ACCACCACCACCACCACCACCACUCCCAUUUCCAUUUCCACUCUGCAUUGAUUGCAGUCUGCCAUUGACCCAGCGACUUCCUUCCACCAGCGCAUGCGCAUUCUCCUGGUCCUACUAUGCCCCGUAUCUGAGCCGGACUCUCCUCGCCAACUCCACCUCCACCUCCACCCACCCGCCCAAUCCCUUCCGCGACACCUAACAACAUCACCACCACCAACACCGCUAAAAUGGUAAACUGGAUCACUCUCGCGGUCCCAUUCGCCUACCUGGGCGUCCUCCUCGGCUCCCUCGCCACCUUCUCCUCUCUAUACCGCAAGCGCAAAGCCAUGAAAUCCUUCACCCUUGAACCCUGGUUCCCCCCGCACGCCCCCCGCGACAUCUACUUCUCCCUCAUGCACCUCGACCCGACCACCGCCUCGCCCUCCGGCGGCAAGGACAAGAAGGCCCCCGCUGUCCCGGACUCCGUUCUCAAAGCCGCCCUCCUGCGUCGCGCCAUCGAAGACAUCAAGCGCGUCAUGGCCCUGCGCGUCCAGAAACCCGCUCUUGCCAUGCUGCUUCAGCGUGGCUCUGUCGGUGAUGACCUCUGGCAGCGCUUCCUCAGGGCCGAGAAGGAAAUGGAGGAUGAGGUUAAGGAUGUUGUUGCUGAGGCCAACGCCUAUGCCCCCGGAUGGGGCCAAACGAUCUUCCAAUCCGCCAACGAGAUGCUCAACAACGCCAUCCUUCGGGAGAGAGUGGAGAAGCAGCAAGCCAAGCUUCAAGAGGAGAAGCAGUCGUGGGAGAAGAAGAAGGAUGGCUACCUCAAGGAGCUGGAUGCCGAGGCCGCCCCUGCCGCUAAGAAACCCGAGGACUCUGCUGCCCCUGCCGCCGCCGCCGCCGCCGCCCCCGUCACGCCUACCAGUGAGUCGGCUUCCACGCCGGCUACCAAGACUCCCGAGUCGUCGGGGGCGCCGCCGUCGGUUGCCGGCAGUGAGGAGGAUGAUGCCGUGUUGGUGGAGGCCGAGAAGGGUGCGAAGAAAUAGAUGUGUCUAGGUUGGUUUUGCAUGGGUGUGGGUGUAUUUCAUUUAUCAUAAAUUAUACCUCUUUCUUGUUCUUUUUUUUUUUUUUUUUUUU